UCACUCUUCAUCUGGAUGGGGUUGCAGGAUCACAUGGUGCGGGAGGAAGCAAGAAGCCUUACCCCCAAGCAGUGUGCCAUCCUGGAUCUGGCCUUGGAUACUAUAAAGCAAUACUUCCAUGCGGGAGGGAACGGGCUGAAGAAGAUGUUCCUGGAGAAGAGCCCUGAGCUGCAGUCUCUGCGCUACGCCCUGUCCCUCUACACCCAGACCACCGACACCCUCAUCAAGACCUUCGUGCAGACGCAGACCGCGCAGGGCUCUGGAGUGGAUGACCCGGUCGGAGAAGUGUCAAUACAGGUCGAUCUGUUCACACACCCAGGCACCGGAGAGCACAAGGCCACUGUGAAAAUUGUGGCAGCGAAUGAUCUGAAGUGGCAGACCUCGGCAAUGUUCCGACCCUUCGUGGAGGUAACGAUGAUCGGACCCCACCUGAGCGACAAGAAACGCAAGUUCACCACCAAGUCCAAAAACAACAACUGGGCCCCCAAAUACAACGAGACCUUUCACUUUAUCCUGGGGAACGAGGAUGGGCCGCACUGUUACGAGCUGCAGGUGUGUGUAAAGGACUACUGCUUUGCGCGGGAGGACCGCGUGCUGGGGAUCUCCGUGAUGCAGCUGCGGGACAUCGCAGACAAGGGCAGCUGUGCAUGCUGGUGUCCGCUGGGGCGCAGAGUGCACAUGGACGAGACGGGACUGACAGUGCUGCGAAUCCUCUCACAGCGCACCAACGACGAGGUCGCACGCGAGUUCGUCAAGCUCAAGUCAGAGUUGCGCUCGGCCGAGGAGGGGAGCUGAGGAGGGUACGCCACUGCUGCUCAGCCAGCGGCGGGGUUGUCUUCUCCAUCUCUGGACUACACUGUUAAUCUGUAUUGAGAGGGACGGGCUCUUCACUUCACAACAGGGAUUUCCUGAACAC